AGAACAAACUGAAACGGACAUUCUUAGAAGUACGACUCUCUCUCUCUCUCUCUCUUUGGAAGCAAAUGAAGAAUGCAAAGACAUAUUCAAUUAAAUUUGGACGUGAAUGUAUAGCAUUUUCAUUUCACUCGUUUUCAACGACUUUCUCUUUCUACGUGGGAACCAUCCCAGAACCACAACCCUUCUUUUUUUAAUUCUCUUUGUUACAUCCAACAUCUCAAAGGCCUUCUUUUUGUUUCUCUUUAACCUGUUCAGCUCUUCAAACACCCAGGUAUCAGUGUAACUAUUAUUCUCUCUUGCUGCAAACUACAUAUUGGCAAUGAACAAUUUCAAGCUAGGUGUAGAAGUUGUGAGUGCUCAUGACCUUGUGCCCAAAGAUGGGCAAGGCUCAUCUAGUACUUUUGUGGAACUUCACUUUGAUGGUCAGAGAUUUAGAACAACAACUAAAGAUAAAGAUCUGAGUCCUGUUUGGAAUGAGAGCUUUUACUUCAACAUUACUGAUCCAAGCAAGUUACCACACCACACUCUUGAAGCCUGUAUCUACCACUACAAUAAAAGUAAUUGCUCCAAAGUAGUUCUUGGAAAGGUUCGGCUCACUGGAACCUCAUUUGUCCCAUAUUCUGAUGCUGUUCUUUUGCACUACCCUUUGGAAAAGAGAGGCAUUUUUUCUCGCUCAAAAGGAGAGCUUGGUUUGAAGGUUUUUGUUACAGAUGACCCUUCUAUAAGAGCGUCAAAUCCUCUUCCUGCAAUGGAAUCCUUACUCAACACUGAUCAAAACAUAGCACAAGACCAAAUUCCACCAGUGUCAUUUACAAACUCAAUCCUCAACAAUAUAUCUAGAAAGAAAACUGAGCCAAGGCACACAUUUCAUAACAUUUCAAAAUCAAACAAUGAACAUUCUAAGCCUGCAGCAGAUGCCAAGCCCAGCGUAAGCUUUGGGAUGCAUGAAAUGAAAUCAGCACAGGCUCCUCCAAAAAUUUUUCAAGCCUUUGCAGGACCAGCAUCUCCAAUGGAUUAUGCAGUGAAAGAAACUAGUCCUAUUCUUGGAGGGGGACGAGUUGUUGGUGGAAGGGUUCUCCGUGGGAAUAGGCCAGCCACAUCCAGCAGCUAUGAUCUUGUUGAACCAAUGCAGUACCUUUUUGUGAGAGUUGUAAAAGCCCGUGACCUUCCAACAAUGGAUAUGACAGGUAGCCUUGACCCUUAUGUGGUGGUGAAGGUUGGAAACUUCAAGGGAAGUACCAACCACUUUGAGAAAAACCAAAACCCCGAAUGGAACAAGGUGUUUGCCUUUGCCAAGGACAAUCAGCAAUCAACUACUCUUGAAGUUGUGGUGAAAGACAAGGACAGGAUAGUUGAUGAUGUUGUUGGAACAGUGAAGUUUGAUUUGUAUGACGUUCCUAGACGUGUUCCACCUGAUAGUCCAUUGGCUCCUGAGUGGUAUAGAAUUGAGAACAAGAAUGGAGAAAAGAAAGGAGAGUUGAUGCUUGCUGUUUGGUUGGGCACACAAGCUGAUGAGGCUUUUCAAGAUGCAUGGCAUUCCGAUGCUGUCUCCCCUGAUGGAAGCACAACGUCUAACUAUGCUCAGAUUAGAUCAAAAGUAUACCACUCCCCCAGAUUAUGGUAUUUGCGUGUCAAAGUGAUUGAGGCACAGGACUUGGUUCCAUCUGACAAGUCUAAAGUUCUAGAUGCUUAUGUUAAGGUACAAAUUGGCAACCAGAUUUUGAAGACAAGGCCAGUUCAAUCAAGGGUCAUGAACCCUCAGUGGAAUCAGGAGCUAAUGUUUGUUGCAUCUGAACCCUUUGAAGAGCCUUUGAUCCUUCAAGUUGAAGAUCGGAUUGGUCCUAACAAGGAUGAGACUAUUGGUAAUGUUAUUAUUCCUAUAAGCACAAUUGAAAAGCGUGCUGAUGAUAGACCUAUCCGUGGUAAGUGGUUUCACCUUGAAAAGUCCAUGUCAUCUGCUAUGGAAGAGCAAGGGAAAAAGAAAGAGAAGGACAAGUUCUUCAGCAGAAUCCAUGUCAUAGUUUUUCUUGAUGGUGGAUACCAUGUGCUAGAUGAGUCAACAUAUUACAGUAGUGAUCUUAGGCCAACCACUAGGCAGCUUUGGAAGAAGCCAGUUGGUGUCUUAGAACUUGGCAUUUUGAAUGCUGAUGUGUUGCCAACCAAAACUAGGGAGGGAAGGGGAACAUCAGAUACCUACUGUGUGGCAAAGUAUGGCCACAAAUGGGUGCGCACUAGAACCAUUGUUGACAAUCUAAACCCAAAGUACAAUGAGCAAUACACUUGGGAAGUUUAUGACACAGCCACAGUUCUCACGUUGGGGGUGUUUGACAAUGCACAGCUUCACAAUUCUUCAAAUGGUAACAAAGAUUCCAAGAUUGGUAAGGUUCGGAUAAGGAUCUCAACACUAGAAACUGGCCGCAUUUAUACACACUCUUAUCCAUUAUUGUCAGUGCAAAAUUCUGGCCUCAAGAAGAACGGUGAAGUUCACUUAGCCAUACGUUUCUCUAGCACCUCCACGAUAAACAUGAUGGCUUUAUAUUUCAAACCCCAUUUGCCAAAAAUGCACUACACAAAACCCCUUAACAUUAUGGACCAAGAAAGGCUUAGACACCAAGCAGUGAACAUUGUGGCAGCAAGACUUGCCAGGGCAGAACCUCCUCUAAGAAGAGAAGUGGUUGAGUACAUGUCUGACUCAGAUUCUCAUCUAUGGAGCAUGAGACGCAGCAAAGCCAACUUCAACCGUCUCAAAGAAGUGUUUUCAGGACUAAACAGGGUUGCAAGUUGGUUAGGAGAAAUAGCCACAUGGAAGAACCCUUUCACAACAGUACUAGUGCACAUUCUCUACUUAAUGCUUGUGUGUUUCCCUGAACUUAUUCUACCAACCACGUUCCUUUACAUGUUUGUGAUAGGAAUGUGGAAAUGGAGGUUUCGUCCAAGGUUCCCUCCUCACAUGGACACUAAAAUUUCUUGUACUGAUAUGAUCAAUCCUGAUGAACUUGAUGAGGAGUUAGACACAUUUCCAACCACAAAGAGUUCAGAUAUAGUUCGUUGGAGGUAUGAUAGGUUAAGAAGCUUGGCAGGGAGAGUUCAAAGUGUUGUUGGACAAAUUGCUACACAAGGAGAAAGAGUGCAUGCACUUCUAAACUGGAGGGAUCCACGUGCCACUUCAAUAUUCAUGGUGUUUUGCCUUGUGUCUGCUAUAGUGUUGUAUGUGACACCCCCACAAAUGAUGAUAAUUCUUGCUGGAUUUUACUCAAUGAGACAUCCUAAGCUUAGGGGCAAGACACCAGCACCACCAAUCAGUUUCUUCCGCAGGUUGCCUGCUCUCACUGAUUGCAUGUUGUAAAUAUAGUAUAGACCCUUGUUUUGUUCUGCCAAUGUUUGAAUCUGGCUUUAAGUGUAGCAUGUCUUUGUCACUUUAGUCUUUAUGAUUAUUGAUACAAGUCUUCACAUGCUGUGGAAAAUUGCAAAGUAUGUUUUGUUUUAAUUUUCGGACUUGUAGGAUUAGAUCAGAUGUUUGUAGUGGAAAUAUGUAAGGAACAUUGGUUAUACAGCAAAAUGUGUAAACAGGUGGAAAAUGUCUAAAUUAAUAGAAAUAAUUUAAUAAAAUUAAUUUAUUU